AUGGCCGAGCGGUUAAGGCGUGAGACUCGAAAUCUCAUGGGAUCUCCCGCGCAGGUUCAAAUCCUGCUGUUGACGCAUAUACUUUUGCUUGAAGCCUUGAUGUACUAUGCUCUUGACGGUGGUUACAGUGGAUUCGUUAGACAAAUUGUCGAGCCAUCAGAUCCACUGUCCUACGAGAACUUCUCUUAUCCUGUGCACAAGACCAGAGGGAUGGCCAUGGCAGACCAAGAGCUACAUUACAAUAAAGUGUUUGGUGGAUUUCGGUCAAGCAUCGAAGGGUGCUUUGGAGACAUGCAAUCCACCUUCUCCAAGUUCACACACGACGCUCCCAUCCGUUUCUCAGACGCAAAGACGUUUGAUCUCCAAUUCAAGCUUUGUUAUCUGCUUAUGAACAUCAAGGAAGUCCACAACAUAUUAGACACUGUCGAUGAGACUACGGCAGAGAUAGCGCAAGAAGGAUACAAGAUUGCCAAGACUUUAGACUGUCGUGGAGAGGAUGAUGACAUAGAGCUUCUAGCUCAAUGGAAGGGUUUCGAUGUCACCGAAGCAACAUGGGCGACUCCAGCAUCCCAACUACAAACAGUGCAUCCAAGACUAUUGGAGAACCAAAAUCAGCUUCUAGAGACGCGCACGCACCAUGGGCGACUUUCCAAAUUCUUUUUAUAA